AUGUCACAAGCAAGCCUCGAAGGAGAUCAUCAAGCAGUCAAGCGAGCAACCCAGGUGAAUAUCGCCCUGGGGGGACUGAGACACCUCCGCCCAGAGCAGAUGAGACAAAUCUACCAAGCAUGCGUGACACCAAUCGUGGAUUAUGCAUCCACCGUCUGGCACAACCCACUAAAGGAUAAGAUACACCUGAGAACGCUGGGAACUGUGCAACGAACCGCCCUUAUUCGCAUUCUCUCUGCCUUCAAGACGGCGUCCACGGCAGCCCUAGAGGUGGAAGCCUAUGUGCUUCCAACCAAUUUACGACUUAAACAACGUGCCCAAAUAGUGGCUGCCCGCCUCAGCACCCUUCCAGAGGAUCACCCAGGCCAUACAGUAGUGACCCGAGCAGCAACGCGGAGCAACCAUAUAGGAAGUGGACCUCGAUUUCCUCUAGCAGAGACCCUGCGGACAAUGAACCUCACUCGACUCCAGGCUCUGGAGACAAUUGAUCCAACACCCCCACCACCGUGGCAGACACCAGCAUUUAUAGAAAUCGACAUUGAAGCAGACCACGACAAAGCUAAAGAGAAAGCAUCUGCUAGACAAAAAGCAGCCGGUAUCACAGUCUUCUCGGAUGCAUCAGGCCAACAGAAUGUUCUAGGAGCUGCAGCGGUAGCCCUAGAUCAGAACCAGCACAUCAUCCAACACCGGAAACAAUCAGCUCGGGAGUUAAAAGCACGGGGAAUUCCGCUCCGACUCCAAUGGGUACCAGGACACUGUGGUGACCCGGGAAACGAGGCGGCCGAUCGACUGGCUAAAGAAGCAGUUGGCCUAGACAAAGAACAUCCCUUCCAACAUCUUCUCUCACGAGAAAAAGGUUUCAUCCGCAACCGAAUCCAAGAAGAAUGGGAACGGGGAUGGAAGACGUCCAAGAACGGUGGCCACCUUCGGCGGAUAGAUAGAAAUCUACCCGCAGUUCGUACCCGGAGAAUGUAUGGCUCGCUACCACGCAAUCGAGCCUACCUGCUCACCCAACUCCGAACCGGCCACUCAUGGCUAGCAACACAUGGCAAACUACAUGGCCAUAGAGAGGAUGACAAGUGUGAAUGUGGAGCGAUAGAAACAGUGGUUCACGUCCUGAUUCACUGUCCCAAAUUGAAGACCAUACGACAAGAACUACGGAAGAAGAUCGGGACUGCAUUUAACAAUAUCUCGGACAUGCUGGGAGGAGGAUCUCAAGGUAAGCAAGGUAAGGAGGGUGAUAUGCAAGGCGGUAGCAUCUUAGGUGCAGUACUCGACUUUGCAGAGGCAUCACAGAGGUUUCAAAGCCGGGCGCCGACAAAGAACCGAAACCAAGAAGUCACCGACUUUGAAAUCAUGAUUCGGUGUCCAAGUCAAGCCGUCGCGGUGAAUGAGGAUGGGCCUCCUCAAAGGAGGAGAAAGAUUGGAGAGGACAUUUUCCCAGUAGACGAAAUAACGAUGGAUCCAGAGCCGAGACGAAUUGGAAAUUGUGAAGGGCAUAAUCUUAUUGAACUUCUACAUGACAUGCAUGAAGAACUGAGGGGAUUCAAGGAGCAACUGAAGAAGUCCGAAAAAGAACAAAAGAGACAACAGAGAAAUAUCGAGGAGCAACGAGAAAGGAUCGAAGAGAGCGAGUACUUACUACUGGCGGCUUAUGCAAAUGAGCUGGAAUGGACAGCUGGAAAGAGGGGUGCGGAGUCUCGUUAUACAAGGAAUGUCAUCAUCCAUGGUGGAGACAUCAAAUAUGCUAUUAGAGCGAUUGAGUUUCUUGAAGAGCUUGGUGAGACUACCCGGGUGCAAAAUGCAUCUGAAGGAUUUGGCAUAACCUACGGGAUCUCUAUAGGCAAGCUACGACCUAUAAUCGCAACCGUCCCGGAAGAGGUGGUGGACCUCCUAAAUAAAAGAGGAAUACUACAAAAGGUUUGGAUAUGGGAAGACAAAUUCCCUAAGGAGAAAAAGGAAUGGAUUAAGGACUGCGAUCAAGUGAUCAAAACUUGGUUGCAUGCUGGAGGGAAAUCAUAUCUUGAGGAAGAAGUCAAGGAAAAACAUUUUAGACUGCGUCAAUGGAUGGAUGAUCGUGUUAAGGACAUCAAAAGGCGCAGCUAG